AGGUGUUUCCCAGCGGCCCGCCGCACCAAUGCUGCCGCUGCUGCUUGCCUGGUUUUCCUGCUGAUCCCGCUCGGACCUUAGGUCCCCCGACCUCUCCCUGCCCGGGGAGCGAAUUACUCUUAAUUCUAAGAAAAAACUGGAAGCACAAUGGGAGAUGACAGUGAGUGGUUGAAACUGCCGGUGGAUCAGAAAUGUGAACAUAAGCUGUGGAAAGCAAGGUUGAAUGGAUAUGAAGAGGCCCUGAAGAUCUUCCAGAAAAUAAAGGAUGAAAAGAGCCCAGAAUGGUCCAAAUUUUUAGGAUUGAUCAAAAAAUUUGUCACUGAUUCCAAUGCAGUGGUUCAAUUGAAAGGAUUAGAAGCUGCACUUGUUUAUGUUGAAAAUGCCCACGUAGCAGGAAAAACCACAGGUGAAGUUGUGUCAGGUGUUGUAAGUAAAGUGUUCAACCAACCUAAAGCCAAAGCCAAGGAGCUAGGCAUAGAGAUUUGUCUCAUGUACAUAGAGAUUGAGAAAGGAGAGGCUGUGCAAGAAGAGCUCCUGAAAGGCCUGGACAAUAAGAACCCCAAGAUCGUAGUAGCCUGUAUAGAGACUCUGAGGAAAGCCUUAAGUGAAUUUGGUUCCAAAAUCAUCUUGCUUAAGCCAAUUAUCAAAGUGUUGCCAAAGCUCUUUGAGUCUCGAGAGAAAGCUAUUCGAGAUGAAGCCAAACUAAUUGCUGUGGAGAUUUACAGAUGGAUUCGGGAUGCCCUGAGACCCCCAUUACAAAAUAUAAACUCUGUCCAGUUGAAAGAACUAGAAGAAGAAUGGGUCAGACUGCCAACAGGUGCUCCUAAACCUACCCGAUUUCUUCGUUCCCAACAAGAACUAGAAGCUAAAUUGGAACAGCAGCAGUCUGCUGGUGGAGAUGCUGAGGGAGGUAAUCCAAUUUUAUACACUAGUUUUUGUAAAAACUAGCAAGAACUGGUACUG